AAAAAAAAGCGAACCCCGCGAUUCAACUAUCAACUAAUAUCAGGUGUUGUUGUCUACAGAUAUACCAGGUUUUCAAUUGCUACUGAGAAAAUACUCUCAAAAUGAAGAACAUUCAGCGUCUCGAAUUGCCGGCUGCGGCUGACAUGCAUGUCCAUUUACGUCAGGGCGAUAUGAUGGACUUGGUUGUUCCCACGGUUCGCCAAGGAGGAGUCGAUACGGUAUUCGUUAUGCCUAAUCUCUUGCCUCCUCUUACUGCCGUCGAGCAGGUUCUCGAGUACAAGGCCAAGCUCACGGCCAUCACCCAAGAUGUCAACUUCCUCAUGUCACUCUAUCUUCACCCUUCAGUCACUCCUGAAGUGAUAGCCAAAGCUGCCGAGGCUGGUGUAACCGGUGUUAAAUUAUAUCCUCAAGGUGUAACCACCAACUCUGAGAGUGGUGUGUCGGAUAUUACAGCCUUCUAUGACACUUUUGCCGCAAUGGAAAAGCACGGGAUUGUCCUGAACAUACACGGAGAAGUCCUCGAGUCUCUUGCGCCGGCCGACACAACCCUCGAGGAGGCUUUCCUCCCAACCCUAAAACAGCUCCAUGACCGGUUCCCUCAGCUACGCAUCGUGCUUGAGCACUGCACCACCUCCGCUGCUGUGGAGGCUGUCAAGGCCUGUGGCCCAACUGUAGGCGCUACCAUCACCGCUCACCACCUUUACCUCACUUCUCACGAGGCCUGUUGCGAUCCUUUCGCCUUCUGCAAACCUAUUCCUAAGAAACCAACCGACAGAGAUGCCCUGAUCAAGGCUCUUGUCAGUGGCAACUCCAAGUUCUUUUUCGGUAGCGACAGCGCUCCCCACCCCCUUCAGUCCAAGACAUCUGCUGAGCAGGGUAAGGCACCUGCUGGCGUUUUCACUCAGCCCUACGUCGUGCAACUUGUCCUCCUUGGUCUCGAGGAAGCCAUCGACCGUGGCGUCAUAUCGGAAGCUGAUGUGACACAAGAGAUACUCGAAAACUUCCUCAGUCGUAACGGACGUUGCUUUUACAAGCUACCCGAGACCUCUGGUAAGAAGAUUAUCCUAGAGCGUAAGGGUGACAAGAUCCCCACUAGCAUCAAGAGUGCGGACAGCAAGACUGAAGUUGGUAUCUCGCGACAUGGGGCUGAAGUAUUCAGUUUGACGUGGGCUUGAGACAUGGCUAACGAUUCAAAACGGGGUGAGGUGUAACGUUACGUAGAACUAUGGAUCAAGGUGCCAAAAAGCAAAGUGUGUUGUUAUUCAAACAACGUUUCAUGUUUCGCCAGUAAAGAUGCAAUGCCGUGCUACCAGUAGAGCAGAUAUGAAAGCAACGUAUACUGACAGCCAUAACUCCAUGCUAUGCUCUCAAGUUUCAUAUAACCCAGGCGGAC